CAUCGGCAGGCGGACUCUCAACCACUGCGCCACCAGGGAAGCCCUCUUUCUCUGUUUUUUAUAACUAAAUAUUUAAUAUGACAUUCUACAUAGUUGUUUGCAACAAUGUAGGUGGGCUUUGUUGAGAAGAACGGGAAUGCAUGACGGUUUUCCCACUUCCAGUUGGUCUUAUUUACAUUUUUUUCAUUACCACAUUGUGAGUGGUGAAAGAUAAUUAAUUUCGGCUUUAAACCAAUUCACAGAUGAUUCCUGAUCUAAACAAUAGACCCUUCAAAAUUCAGCCUCCUGACUCAAAAAACUGGGAGAUCUUCCCCCGCCCCGCUCCCGCGCCCCCGUGGUAGCAGGAUAUUUGUUCCUUUUUAGCCAUCUGUUUCUAAAAUCAAGUACAGGAAAAAUAAAAGCCUAAAUAAAAUGUUGCCUUAUCCAUUAUAUAAAUUACUGAAAAGGAACAUGUUUAACCUUCCAAAGAAAAUGUGUUGACAGAUAUACGGAAACAUAAGGACACAUUGUCAGAGUGUGAGACAUGAUGUAAGGUGAUGAUUCUCACAAGUUUAUUUGAAGUCCACACAGUUUAAUAGAGAACAUAAAAGUGACAUCUUUUAGAAAAUGUAGGGUUGAUUAUUUUAUAUCUAGUUUGCAGAAAUUUUCAUUCACUUCGUUUUCUUUAAUUAGAAGAGCCAUUAUAGUUGAAAGACCUGUACUAAUCCAUCAGUGCUACUAUUUAGGAGGAAAGUAGAAAAUAUUCUCUUCCUUUUCAACAAAGCUAGUCUAUGCCGUAGCAAAAAUACCUCAGACAUCUAAGGUAUUUUUAUGUAAAAGGCAGAAGACAAAAUAGUUGAGUCAAGAGGCUUUAGAGUUAAACCUAGGAUUGCAGCCAAGUUCUACCAAGAUUAGACAGGCAAUAUGGGGCUAAUUGCCUAAUAUGUGGCUCAAUUCUUCUUUGUAAUAUAGGAUUGUAAUAAACAGCACAGAGUUACAAUAAAACAUAAAUUAUAAUAAAUAUGCACGCCAUUUUACAUGGAGUUCAGCACACAGAAAGCCCUCAGUAAAUGGAUUGCUACCCUGAUUUCUGACAGCAUAGAUUAACGCUACCUGGUUCUUAAUCAGAUAAUAUGUACCCUUUCUGCCUGCCUUUUUCUAUCCCUCUGCAUUGUUUCUGAGCCUCAACCAUGUUAUUGCAUGUAACAAUAAUUUGUUCAUUUUCAUUAAUGUAUAGAUUUUAUUGUGUUAAUAUACCACAAUCUAUUUACCUCUCUUAAUGCUAAUAGGCAUUCCAGUUGGGGGAUAUUACAAAUACUGCUACUGUGAACAUUCUAAUUCUACCACACGUCUUUUGGGAACCACAUGUAUGUAUUUCUAUUGAGCAUAUACCUAGAAGUAGAGUUGCUGAACCAUAUGAUUUGCAUAAGAGCCAAACAGUUUUCUAGCCAACAGUAUAUGAGAGUUCCAGGUGUUCUACAUCCUCACUAAGACUUGGUAUUUGCUAUCUUUUUCAUUUCGUUUAUUCUGGUGGGUGUGUAGUUGUAUUUCUCUGUGGUUUUAGUUUGUAGAUUUCUGACGACUAGUGAAGUUGAGCACAUAGAUCCAAUAUUAAUUCACUAUAGGCCUGAAGUUUAUGGAACCAGAUUAAUAGUAUAGACUCAGACCCCAUUCCCAAGUGAGGACCAGCCAGAGGCCAUGAGUACUCAGGGAUUGUUUUUUUUUAUGAUAGCUCCUCACAGAAACAAAGGUAAGACAGGGAACUUGCCAAAUUUCCCUGCUGUCUGUCUGCAAAUAUCUGUAAAGUUUGUUAUUUUGCUUAUUUUGAUGGCUGAGGCUCCUGGAUCCCAGCAUGAGUGGGAUGUCGAGGACCCCGUGCUACCUGUGUGGGCCCAUGCCCUGCCACUGGCCCAUGCCCUGUCACUGGUCCAUGCUCUGCCACUGGUCCAUGGUCUGUCACUGGCCCAUGCUCUGCCACUGGUCCAUGCUCUGUCACUGGCCCAUGCUCUGUCACUGGUCCAUGGUCUGCCACUGGCUCAUGCUCUGCCACUGGUCCAUCCUCUGUCACUGGCCCAUGCUCUGUCACUGGCCCAUGCCCUGCCAUUUGUCCAUGCCCUGCCACUGGCCCAUGCCCUGCCACUGGCCCAUGCUCUGUCACUGGCCCAUGCCCUGCCACUGGUCCAUGCUCUGUCACUGGCCCAUGCCCUGCCACUGGUCCAUGCCCUGCCACUGGCCCAUGCCCUGCCACUGACCCAUGCCUUGUCACUUGUCCAUGCCCUGUCACUGGUCCAUGCCCUGUCACUGGCCCAUGCCCUGCCACUGGUCCAUGCUCUGUCACUGGUCCAUCCUCUCUCACUGGCCCAUGCUCUGCCACUGGUCCAUGCUCUGUCACUGGCCCAUGCCCUGCCACUGGUCCAUGCCCUGCCACUGGCCCAUGCCCUGUCACUGGCCCAUGCCCUGCCACUGGUCCAUGCCCUGUCACUUGUCCAUGCUCUGCCACUGGUCCAUGCUCUGCCACUGGCCCAUGCUCUGUCACUGGCCCAUGCUCUGUCACUGGCCCAUGCCCUGUCACUGGCCCAUGCUCUGUCACUGGCCCAUGUUCUGUCACUGGUCCAUGCUCUGCCACUGGCCCAUGCUCUGUCACUGGUUCUCUGCAGUCAAAGCUCUAGUUAGUUCCUCCAGAUCCACGUACGCCUUAGGGUACCCAGAGCUUUACUGCUCACUUAGCUCUCUGACAUUAGCUCCUGCUUCCUUUUUUUCCUCUCUGGAAGGUUUUCCUAUUUAUUUAAAGGCUGUUUAAGAUGGGGAGGGAUAAAUUGGGAGAUUGGGAUUGACAU